AUGGCGGAGGAAGAUGAGAACGAUGUGUACACCCUGGAUGACUAUUUGGAUAAAGAAGGGCAGACUUUUCACUCAAGUAUCCGGUUACCAGACAUUCAAGCCAGGAAUUUUGAAAUCAAGCCCGUUAUGAUUCAACUACUGGGGAUGAUGGGUACUUUUGAAGGAAAUUUUAAGGAUGAUCCGAAUGAGCAUUUGACCAAGUUUAUAGAGGUUUGUGAGAACUUCAAACAAACUGGGGUUACUAAAGAUGCACUGCGAUUGAGAUUGUUCCCCAUGUCGUUAUCUCACAAGGCGAAAACGUGGUUGAAUUCUUUACCAGAACACUCCAUUAAGACUUGGGAUGAUCUUGUGUCUAAGUUCAAGGGCAGAUUUAUUCCAAGGGGCAAACGUGCUACAUUAAGGGGUGAAUUGCUUUCUUUCGAGCAGCAUCCGGAUGAGUUAUUCUACGAGGCUUGGGAAAGAUUCAAGGAUAUGUGGAGAAAUUGUCCAAAUCAUGAGCAAAAGAAAUAUGUUCUAAUGGAAGCCUUCUGGAAUGGGUUGAAUGAUCAGACAGUGACAAUGCUGAAUACCGCUUCAAACGGAGGAAUCGGAAAGAUGAAGGUAAAUGAGCUAUAUGAACUGUAUGAAGAGGUGGCAUCUAGCACUAUGCAACAGUAUAACAAGAGAAGGCAAAGUUCUGGGAGAUAUAAGGAGCCUAGUUCUUCAUCAUCAAGGGAUAUUGCAUCGCAACUUGAAGCAAUAUCUAAGAGAUUUGACAAUCUGGAAUUGCAGAUUAAGAAAGGAAAUGCUGCAGGAGUUCAUGCACUUCAGGCUCCGGGAUACACUUGUGACCAUUGUAAUGAGGAACAUCAUUCUGAUCAAUGCCCAUACACCUUGGAGACAGUCAAUUAUAUGAAUAAUGCGCAGCGAAGACCACAAGGAAGCCCUUACUCUCAAACUUACAAUCCAAAUUUGAGAAAUCACCCAAAUUUCUCUUGGCGAAAUGGGCCAAGUUUGAAUCCUCCACAAAUAUUACCAUCUGGUGCUAAACAAAUGGGGCCUCCUGGUUUUCAUGGUCAACCACAGCAACAUCAAUUGCAACAGCAGCAUCCUCAAAAGGAAGAAUCCAAAAUUGAGAAGAUGUUUGCUCAACUAUUAGCAAAUCAAGAAUCUGCAAGGGCUGAGAAUAAGGCAACAUUUUCUCUCCAUGAAACUGCCAUCAAGAAUCUCGAGGUGCAAAUGGGUCAACUGGCUUCACAAAUGAAUGUACUCACAAGAAGCAGCUUACCAAGUGAUACCAUUCCCAAUCCAAAAAGGGAUGGUAAUGAAGAGUGCAAAGCGAUCAGUUUGAGAAGUGGAAAGCAAUUACCUGACAUUCAGAGGCCUAGUCAGACCGGCAAGGACAUCACUAACAGUAUGGUGACUGACCUUGAUACAAAUGAGCUUUCAGAAGAAGGUGGUAUAGUAGAAGAGGAAGAAACCAAGAAAAGGAAACAAACAGAAGAAAAUCUCAAUGAUGUGGUUCGAGGAAAGAAUGUAGAGGGUGAAAUGGUUGAUGAUAAAAAGAGGAAGACAACUCCCCCUCCUGCUACACAGAUGCCGCCACUUCCGUUUCCUCAAAGGUUCAGGAAGAAAGAUGAAGAUGUCCAGUUCAAGAAAUUUGUGGACAUGUUUAAGCAAUUACACAUCAACAUCCCGUUUGCUGAAGCAUUAGAGCAGAUGCCUAAGUAUGCUAAGUUUCUUAAGGAUGUUCUCUCCAAAAAGAAGAGAUUUGGUGAAUUUGAAACGGUGGCUCUGACUGAAGAUUGUAGUGCCAUCUUGCAGCGAAAACUCCCACCCAAAUUGAGAGAUCCAGGCAGCUUUUAUAUUCCUUGUAACAUAGGCAAACACUUCAAUGGAAAAGCCCUAUGCGAUUUGGGAGCAAGUGUUAACUUGAUGCCUCUAGCUGUAUUUAAUCGAUUAAAUUUGGGUGAAGCUAGGCCAACAACUGUUACAUUGCUCUUUGCUGACAGAAGUAUCUCAUAUCCAAAAGGGAUUGUAGAAGAUGUCUUGGUGAAGGUAGACAAAUUCAUAUUCCCAGCUGAUUUCAUUGUGUUAGACUGUGAGGUAGAUUGGAAUAUCCCCAUUAUUUUGGGACGGCCAUUCUUAGCUACUGCAAGAACCCUCAUUGACGUAGAAAAGGGUGAGAUCACCAUGCGAGUAAAUGAUGAGAAGGUGAUAUUCAACAUGAAUCAAGCCUUGAAGUUUCCAGAUGAUUCUGCUCACUGUAAUUGUAUCGAUGUGAUUGAUUCUACAGUGCAAGAGGAGUUGAUUAACUCUUUGACCAAAGACCCAUUAGAAGCAUUGUUGAUUGGAGAAACAAGUAGUAUUGAUGGCAAGGUUGAAGCUUAUGCAGAAAUGAUGAGUAUUGAAGCAUUUCCGUAUCGAAAAGCUAAGACUUUUGAGCCUCUGGAUGUGACUAGUGCUUUAAGCUCUCCUCUAAAGCCUUCUGUGGAUGAACCGCCGGUGUUGGAGUUGAAGACUUUACCAUCACAUCUCAAGUAUGCCUACUUGGGUAAUUCUACUACAUUACCUGUGAUUGUUUCUUCUCAGUUGUCCACGUUGCAAGAAGAGAAAUGUUAA